AUUGGCGUCAAUUCUGCAGUUUAGCGCUUUAAUUUGUGAAAAAUUAUUAAAAUGUCUGAAGAACCUCCAAAGAUUAGUUUUAAAAACGCACAAUAUAGCUAUAUCGAACCUGGUGGCAAGAAACACGUCUUCAAAUCACUGAAACAAAUACUGGCUGUGGAGAAAACGCAGCAGCUGCCCGAAGGCACUAUGUCUUACUCCUCCUUCAAUGCGCCACCCUCCUUGCGACCGCCUAAAAAAUACUCGGACAUUUCGGGUCUGAUUGCACCGUACACUGAUCCACACUCUAAAUUGCGUUAUGCCAAUUCUGAUGAAUAUGCCGUAGUUAAGACUUUGCCUUCUGAUAUUGUCGCCGGUUAUUUGGCUUUGCGUGGUGCGAGCAGUAUUGUUGGCUAAUAAUCAAAAGCCGAAAAAAUUAGACUAAUUAAUAAUAAUAAUAUUAAUAAUUAAGCAAGUUAAGUAGCAGAAAUUCAAGAUCAUAAAUGUUGAUGUUUGCUGAUAAAUGUUUACAAGUUUGAAUGCAUAAUUUAAAUACCGGAUACACUUACAUGUACAGAAACCAUUAAAUUUAAGCAAAUUCUAAAUUGUGGGUGAAACGUAAACCAAGUAAGCACAUCUUGAUUUAUUAUAUAUAAGACAAUAGUAGCUAUUUGUAGAUUUUAUCAGUAAGUAGUUUUAUCAGCAGUUCUCUCACUACUUGUGUGUUUUAUUGAUAAUAUAGUUUAUUUUAUUAAUUUUAGCAAUAUUUUGUUGGCAAAUAUUUGAACUAAAAAUAUAAAGCAGUUUGCUACAUUAUAUCGAUA